GGGCCAGGUGACCUCGAGCCUCACAACAUCCGGGCCUGGCGCGGGAGGGACGGAGAGGGGCUGCGACCGGUUGUUAUGGAGACGGGCUGCUACAAUCCCUCCGAAAGAUUCGCGAUUUCACCCUGGAGGACUGCUCCAGAUAUUGAUCCGGGUUUAAUUGGGUGUACGAAAAAGGCCGCAUCUCCUGAGGCACUCGCUGGCCCUCUUGCCGUCUGCUGCAGGAAAAGACUACGUUUGCCGAAAAAAUAAAGAAGAUACGAAGAAUGACGGAGUACGACUGGGAUAAGAAAAGUACUUCAGCUUCAUGUUCAGACAGAGAAAUGAAACCUGAACAACUGCCUACUUGUGUGAACCCUGGCAAUCCUGUGUUUUCAUGUAUGUUGGAUCCAAAGACACUCCAUACAGCAACCUCACUCUCUGUUCCUAAGAUGAUUAUGUAUAAAACCAGUUCAAGUACUUAUGGUGAAUUUUUACCUAUGCCACAGUUUUUUCCCUGCAAUUAUACUCCAAAAGGGCAAGAAUUUUCAAGCCAUAUCAGAGCUACUGGAUUUUAUCAAAAUAAUACUCUAAACACUGCACCUGACAAAACCAGAACACUUGAUUUUCCUAAUUUUCAACACACUCUAUGAAAAUAUAUUCCUUUGUAUAUUUAAGAGAAAAUAAACUCAGGAAAAAAUGAGUUUUAAGACUAAGGCUAGAAUUCCUAUUUUGAAAUAUAAAAAUAUUUGAAUUUCAAAAGUACCUUUAAGAAAUAAAGCAUUUC